GCAGAGCCGCUCCCAGUCGUGCCCCUUUUGCCGCGACAGCCUGAAGCGGGUGCGUUCGCGCGACUUGUGGGUCUUCACGGACGAGGAAGACUUGGUGGAUAUGGGCACGGUCGCAAAAGAAAACCUCGAGCGCUUCCUCUUGUACGUCAAUAAGCUGCCGGUUCUUAUCUCGGACAGCGUGUUUACGUUCUAUGAAGACCAUGUAAAAUAG